AUGUCCCUAGAGAACAACAACCCAGAGAGACUCCAACAUGUCCUCGAUCAAGAGCCAAAGGUGAGAACCUUCCUCAAACCGAUCGCUGCCCCCGCUGCAAUGGGCCUGGCCGGCUUCUCAUGCUCCACCUUCAUAACGGCCACAUAUGUUGCAAGAUGGUGGGGAGGCGAUAGAUCGCCUGGUAUCUUUUUUCCGUUCGUGGCUAUCUCGGGGGGCGUGGGGCAGUUUAUUGCAGGGUUGUUUGGGUAUCCGGCUAGGGAUACACUGGUGACGGUUGUGCAUGUGCUUUGGGGGAGUUUUUGGAUUGGUAUUGGGUUGCUUUUUAUGUUGACUGCAACCGGAUCAAUCCCACCCCACAGAUUCCACGAUCAUUAUCCCGAAAUAGCAUCGUGGAUGGUCGUGCUCGCGUUUUUUACAUGGUCUUGUGCCCUAGCCUCAUCAGCGCGCGAUCUCAUCCUUUGCGGAAUCCUCACAACCCUCGCCACCGGAGCAACCAUUGCCUGCUGCCUCUUUGCCUACGGAAGCGGAGUCCGAACAGGCAUGAAAGUAGCCGCGUACUUCUGGAUCAUCAGCGCCAUUCUGGGCUGGUGGCGCGUCACGGUUUACCUUAUCGAAGAGGCGUUCGGGCAACAUCCCUUCACUAGGGUUUUCCCGAUUUUCAGGACGAAGACGGAGAAGAAUCGGCCCUUGUUGGCGCCGGGGUUGGGGAUGCCGGGGGUUGUUUAGGGACCUCCUUUUUGUUUUAUGACAAUAAUUAUAAUGUUAGUAGUCGUAAUGUGUGCUAUGUCUAUCCAGGAGAGGUGAUAGAGGUCUUGGUAUUUAAAAGUUUUUCUUUUCUUUUCUUUUUUCUUUUAUCUGUUUAUUCGGUGUUAGGGCCCUGGGCAUGGCUUCGGCCAGGAUGAAGAGGAGGAUUUAAUUGACAGAGAGGGUUGUGAGCCGAGUAAAUCUGCAGUCCGUACCCUUGUUCUGCAUGUUCGUUCUAUAAG